UCACUGCGGAUUCCCGCACACUUGUAAAAUUUACACACGUGCCUUUUGACUAAUCUAUGACUUGAGAAGGAGAACCUUCCAAACAUGCCCUAAUAACUUUCUCUAUCCUACUUUCUCUCUCUAACAACCCUGAACUUCGAUCACUUCUGGUCUCCGAAGGUUAAUAAUUUGCAAAAUUUAUUCAAUUGCUUCAAUAUUCAAACUGGGUUUGAUUAAUUGAAUGAGAAUUUAGUUGUCCAUUGUGUAACUGUGCUCAUCGAGGUUGACUUUUUGAUGGAAAUGGACAUGAAUUAGGGUUUGGGAUCGAGAAAAGAAGUAUCGAGUUUUUGGAGUUUUGUGGGUUUUCUUGUUUUCCCCAAUUACUUUGGAUUUUGAUGGUAGCUAUGAAUUCAGCACUCGAAAUGCCAGUAGAUCGGCAUUGUUUCCGAAUAGAUACUUCAAAGUUAAAGCUUCAGAUUGAGAGGAGGGUUGGCCGGCUGAAGUCAGAGAAAUAUUUUAAUCUGUUGAAUAGUUUUUUAAGUCUCAGACUUAGCAAAAGAGAGUUUGAUAAGCUAUGUAUUGAGUUGUUGGGGAGAGACAAUAUAUCUCUUCAUAAUGGGCUAAUUCGAGCAAUUCUCAAGAAUGCGAGUGUUGCCAAGACUCCUCCUAAACGCAGCAAAGUCCAACCUCCACCAAAUGUUAAAGUGCCGAAUGGGUAUCAAAGAAAUAGUCUUCAAUCGAUCUGUAGAGACACGUUUCCACAAUCUCCUAGGAAGGGGAGAACUCUGACCCCUCGAGAUCGCAAGUUCAAGGACAGUCCAAGCCCACUGGGGCCACUCGGGAAGGUUCAAGAGCAACAGAGUGCUACUGAGUUGCUAUCAUUGGGUAGCCGACCUCCUGUUGAGGUUACAUCUGUGGAGGAUGGUGAAGAGGUGGAACAAUGUGCAGGAAGCCCUGGAAUUUAUAGUAGAAGCCCUCUAAGAGCUCCUCUCGGCAUCUCUCUUAAUGCAGGAGGUACAAGGAAGGUAUUGCUUAAUGAACCACCACCUUAUGAGAACUGUUGUACAACUAGGGAUUUACCCGAUACCAGUUCUUUGAGGAAGAGGUUGGAACAGAAGUUUAAGACAGAGGGUUUGAAUGUCUCGACCGAUUGUGCAGGCUUGUUAAACAAUGGAUUGGAUGUGUUUUUGAAGAGAUUAAUAAAACCGUGCCUAGAUUUAUCUGCUUCGAGGUCUGAACACCAGCUGCAAGAUAAAGUUCACCAUCAGGAUAUAUCUGUUAGAAAUAAGAUGGGGUCCACAUAUAUAAAGAAGCCACCUAGAUCAUUUUCUGUGUCAAUGCCAGAUUUUCAAGUUGCGAUGGAGUCGAAUCCCCGGAUACUUGGAGAAGAUUGGCCAGUCAAACUUGAGAAUGUUUCCUUUCGUGCUUCAGAUUAUUACAUGGCAGAAUAGUCUGCCAUACUUGUUAUUGUGACACUAGUAGCUGUUCUAACAGUGCUGUUGACGGAGUUCAUAAGAACAAUACGUGGUUUGAAGCUACGGAAUUUUUUGGAGGAAGUUGAUUAGGUUGUAUAUACAUCACAAAGCUGAUUUUUCUAAAGUGUGACGUCUUACCUCAAAGUAAAAGGAUAUGGAUACUAGUAAGAUUGUAGUGAUGACAUAUAGUCCGAUAGCUUUCUUUUGAUAAUAUAAUAUCUUGUUAUCUCAUUGACCUUUAUUUGUUAAUAAAUAUUAUUUUUUCUUGU